AACUUUCAGUUUGUGUACAAAGUAGUAUUCGAGUAACUUUGUGUUCUUGUUUUCUUCAACCGAUAACACCGCCGAACGCGGAAUCGCAACAACAACACGUUUCUUCUUUUUUCCUUUAUUUUUUUUUUCAAAAAAUUAAUAAGGAAAAAAAACACCGCCUGUAUUCGACGACGGCGAUCGUAACUAACUUUAACCUCUCCGAUCACCAUCGACGUUCACAAGCGGCGAUUCGGAUCCACCAUAAUCCGAACACUAUCCGCUUAACUUUAUUCGGAUCUCUUCCACAUGCUUCGUGAAACUAUCUUCAUCUUCCUAUUCUUGUUGUACUUCGGAUAUGCAGAUCCUGCUCCGAAAUGUACCCGGAGCAGUUCUCUCGUCGAUUUCGAAUCCGACUUCAUUAUGGUUCAGCAUCAGCUCAGAGGCCACCUCAAGAUCAUUGAUGAUUGUUCUUUUAGGGUUUCUCAAUUUGAAAUGCUUUCCGGCGUCGAUGUGCAUUGGUGGGGUGCACUCGCUCCUGAUUUCGAUAACCUCACCACCGGAUUCAUCGUUUCAGAUCACAAGCUUAAUCAGACCUACGCAAAUUCCACGUUCGUAGUACAAUUGAUGGCAAAUAUCACGUGGGACAUGAUUCCUGUUCUUGCUGUUUGGGAUGUUCCGAGCGCCUCCGAUUUCGGUCAUGUUGUGAUUCAGAAUCUCACCUCUACGGCGGAGUCCCCGCCUGGGAGCGACGGAGAGAAGAAAGAGAAGGUAAGUGUUCACACAGACCCAACUAUGUUUGAUAAUUGUAAGGUUCUGUCGAAGGAUUAUAGGGUCCGUUGGAGUUUGAAACCAAAAGAGGAUAUGCUCGAGAUUGGGUUGGAGGGUGCUACUGGGGUUAUGAAUUACAUGGCUUUUGGUUGGGCUAACCCUAACGCCACUGAUGCAGAGCUCAUGGUUGGUGCUGAUGUGGCAGUUACUGGGUUUAAGGAAGAUGGUUUGCCAUUUGUGGAUGAUUUCUUCAUCACCAAGUAUAGUGAGUGUGUGAAAAAUACUGAAGAUGGAACUGUGGAAGGGGUUUGUCCUGAUUCAAUCUAUGAAGGGCCGAACAGAGUUGGCUUGGUGAAUGAUACAAGGUUGAUUUAUGGUCAUAGGAGUGAUGGGGUUUCUUUGGUUAGAUACAGGAGACCUUUGAGUCCAGUUGAUGCCAAAUAUGAUCACCGUGUUCAUCGAUCGGCUAACAUGACUGUUAUUUGGGCUUUGGGAAAGAUUAGAGCUCCUGAUACUGUUUUGCCGUAUUAUCUUCCUCAGAAUCACGGGGGUCUUCCCUUUGAAUCUUUUGGCCAUUUGGUUCUCAAUGUUUCUCAGCAUGUCAAUGAUUGUGAAGGUCCCCUGGAUGCCGCUGAUAAAGAGGAUCAAGAUAUCAUCAUUGCUGAUGCCAAAGUUCCUUUGGUUGUUUCAUCGGGGCCAGCACUGCAUUACCCUGACCCUCCAAAUCCAGCCAAGGUUAUUUACAUCAACAAAAAGGAAGCUCCUGUGUUGAGAGUGGAAAGAGGGGUGCCGGUCACGUUUUCCAUACAGUCAGGGCAUGAUGUAGCACUUUAUGUUACUUCAGACCCCAUUGGUGGGAAUGCCACGCUGAGGAAUCUGACUGAGACUAUUUAUGCUGGAGGUCCUGAGGCUCAUGGAGUUCAGGCCAGUCCCACAGAGCUAAUUUGGGCUCCUGACAGGAACACUCCUGAUCAGGUCUACUAUCAUUCAGUGUAUGAGAAGAAAAUGGGUUGGAGAGUAGAGGUUGUCGAUGGGGGUCUGUCUGACAUGUAUAACAACAGUGUUGUUCUCGAUGAUCAACAGGUUACCUUCUUUUGGACAUUAUCAAAGGAUUCGAUAUCUAUUGCUGCUCGCGGUGAGAAAAAGAGUGGUUAUCUUGCUAUAGGAUUUGGCAGUGGAAUGGUAAACAGUUACACUUAUGUGGGAUGGGUUGAUGACAAUGGUGUUGGUCGUGUAAACACUUAUUGGAUUGAUGGACAGGAUGCUUCACGUAUACAUCUUACAAAUGAAAAUUUGACACAUGUGAGAUGCAAAACAGAAAACGGAAUUAUUACUUUGGAAUUUACGCGUCCCUUGGUUCCAUCUUGUAGUAGGGGCAAAAGGCCAGAAUGUAACGACAUCAUUGAUCCCACAACUCCUCUAAAAGUCAUAUGGGCGAUGGGCAGUACAUGGAGUAAUCGACAUCUUAGUGAGAGGAAUAUGCAUACGCUUACUAGUACCAGGCCUAUAUUAGUUCAGCUGAUGCGUGGUUCUGCAGAAGCAGAGCAGGAUUUACUUCCAGUUUUGGCUGUGCAUGGUUUCAUGAUGUUUCUUGCAUGGGGCAUCUUGCUUCCUGGAGGUAUAUUGGCAGCCAGGUACUUGAAACAUUUGAAGGGCGGUGGUUGGUACAAAAUUCAUGUUUACAUGCAAUACUCAGGGUUAUCAAUAGUUUUUCUUGCACUUCUUUUUGCGGUUGCUGAGCUUCGCGGUUUUCAUGUUAGCUCAACACAUGUUAAAUUUGGAGUUGCUGCAAUAUUUUUGGCUUGCAUACAACCAGUUAAUGCAUUCCUUAGGCCCCCAAGACAGUCAAAUGGGGAGCAAGCAUCAUUUAAAAGAAUUAUCUGGGAAUAUUUGCAUAUUAUUGUUGGCAGAUCUGCAAUUGCUGUUGGCAUUGCAGCACUUUUUACUGGCAUGAAGCAUUUGGGAGACAGAUAUGCCUUGGAAAACGUCCAUGGCCUCAGUUGGGCCAUGAUAAUCUGGUUCUUAGUAGGUGCAUUGAGUAUUGCUUAUUUCGAAUACCGCGAGAAGCAGAGAGUCAGGGAUCAGAUAUUUGGAAGAGGCAAUUGGGUGCUCGGUAAUGAGGAGGAUGAUUCCAUGGAUCUCUUGAGUCCACCAAAUACACAUGCAACAAAUAAAGAGUCACAAGCCUCCGCAAGAUUGGAAAUCCAGUUAGAACCUUUAAACAGGUAGAUAGAUGCAUUUUUUAACUUGCCAUUGAAAGCCUCCAUUCUGCUGCAGUUGUUGGCAAAUUCCUCAUUUAAUCCGAGCUUUCAGGAUUAUUCAUCAUUAGUUAUGAGGAUUGGGGCAUUUUUGAGGUGUAAAGGGAGCACUUGUUCAUCAGUCUCUUUGUACUGAUGUAGCCAUUUUGUGAAGAGAGUAGCUUUCUCAUAGUUUAUAUACAUGUUCACUAGAUAGGUUAUAUCUUUUGUUCGAUCUAGCUGCCAUACUUUUUUCUUCCCCCUCCAAAACAAAAUCAAGAAAUCAAAAUUUACGAAGUGAAAGCUUUAUUGUCUGUUAAUGUAGGUUCUGUUCCAUUAUAUCGUAGGUGUAAUUGGCUCUCCAGCCAAAAACAUUGUUGUAAAUUUAUAAGAUGCAGAUAACUAAUACAACAUAACGCUAUUAGUUUUUUAUUUCAA